AUGGCAGAAGGUCUGAAGCCUGGCGUUCGAGAAACACCCAAGCCCUAUAUCUUCAUCAAUGGCAAGUACUGGGUCGCGAAGGACCUCACUCUGGCCAACUUUGGCGAUCUGGUGGCCGCCGAGAAACCCGAAUACGACUCUACCACCGCUGUUCAGGCGGCAAACAGACCCACGGUUGAUGAGCCAAAGCCUCAGUCGGAAGGCUACGCGAAUUUCCCUUCUCUGGCCGAAAUGCGACCUCCUCCCAUGAUGCCCGCUGGCGCCAAUCACACGAAUGUAAUUUUGAACGUUCCUCAGGAGCCUCAUCUUCUCAUUUUUUCGCACUCUCUGCCUCGCCAUGCAGUCCUGCCCUUUGAAGAUGUCCACGCGUACCAUCCGGCUCUCGCGCUGGAUGACUUCGAGCACCAGCAGCAUGCGCCUUUGGCCCCAAUGGCCCCUUGGCACCCCAGCAACAUUCAGGAGCCAGAGGUUCACCAGAAUGAUCGUGCCCUGGAGGCCGUCAACAACUGCAUCAUCGCUGGACAGCAGCCGCAGGAUCUCCCUGGUUUCGACGACAACCGCUUCGAUGAACACACGCCGCACUAUUAG